AUGAUCGAGAAAGAAACCUGCGUGAUUGCUGCGGAAUAUCUACCGGUGGGCAUAAUUUCCAUGCCUGUGAGUGCGGACGUGCCUCUGGAGAAAAUACUGAAGUGUCGUCUUCCUGAAGCAGAGUACAAGGUCGAGGUUGAUCGUGGAGUUCUGAAGCUCCGCAAUUCCCCGUGUAGGGACGCGGAACUGUCUUCGUUGAUGCGCCUGGCGCCAGAUAUCCACGAACAAAACGUGGCGCUGGUGAAGACGGCGAAUUUCUACGUCCUGCAAACCACAAGAGCAAUUCAGGCUGGCGAGGAGCUUCGUUUCUGGUUCAACCUUGAAACGAGCUGUGAACUUCACAUCCCAGUGCUAACUCCUCGACACAUAUUGGGCAAUCAAAGAUAUGUGUGCGAUUCAUGUGAUGCGACCUUCCCUCAACCGAAUAUACUCAAAGCUCAUCUAUGUUUGAAUCGAUGCUCCACCGAUACUUUACGCGAUACGCGGAUUGAGCACGAAGUCGGUUUGGCCAUGACUCCCGAAACGAACACUUCGAACACCUCGAAUGAUGACGAAGAUGAAGAUGAUUUAUCGUUGACCGGCGAUUCCCGGAAGAAAGGACACAUGUGCAUGUUUUGCGGGAAAGUUUACUCGAGACGAUAUGGGCUCAAAAUACAUGUACGAACGCAUACCGGAUACAAACCUCUUCAAUGCCGAUUUUGUCAACGACCCUUCAGCGAUCCGUCGAAUCUCAAUAAACACGUCAGGCUCCAUGCCGAACUAGAUUCUCCGUACAGGUGUUCCCUGUGUGACAAAGCGCUGGUCCGGAAGCGAGAUCUAGAGAGACACCUCAAAACGAAGCAUUGUGUUCGGAAAGAAACGGCGACACGUCCGACAACAAUGACGACGAGCAGUGUCUCAGCGACAGCAAUAAUAGUUGACGCCUCCGGGGAAGAAUCGAGACAUUACCCGAUCAUUGCAGUUAUCCGUUGCACGUCGCGUCGUCGCUCGGAGAAUUGGUUCCGUAUAGCUCUCACGGUCCAUAGAGGGAGCCAGGGAGGAGCUCUUUUGAUAGCAGGAGUCGCGAGUUUUUUCCUGCCGUGGAGCACGAUUGUGCCGAAGGGUCGCUUCAUGGGUGGUCCUCUAUCCUUAUCUCAUCCUCUUUUAAUGCAAAGUGUGAAAAUGAGCAUCAUCCUGCGACGAUCGGAAGCCACAGAGCGUGUAGUAUGA